GUCUAACAACGGUGAACACCUGGCAUACUUUCUCCGUCCUCAUCACCCACAACGUCCUAGCCCUCAGGAGACUCUGCAACUCAAUCACAGACAGGCUCGAGGGUCCUCGAAGCCCCGCGUUCAAGCAUCACACCAUCAUCACACACAUCACCCCGCAAGCACAACAUGGCCACAGAGUCGGUGGCGACACAGCUCCCCGUGAGGACGAGCAAUCACAUCAGCGUCCAUCCUUUGGCACCAAUCAACGGCACCGAGAUUCAGAACGCCGUUGCGUUGGUCAGGGCACAAUGGCCAGCGGACACGGAUCUUCACUUCAAGGCUGUUACGCUGCAAGAACCCGUCAAGGCUGAGAUGUUGCCAUAUCUCGAGGCUGAAUUCAGCGGAUCUACUCUGCCUAAAAUUGAUCGCAGGGUCUUCCUCACAUACUACCUGCGCAGAACGAACAAGUUCCACGAAGCAGUGGCCAAUCUCAGUACACAAACUGUAGAAUUCAAUGCAAGACUGGGCGCUAACAUGCACGCUCCUGGAGAUGGUGAGGAAAUAGAGGCUAUGGAGCGUAUCGCUCUGGCAGACGAGGGAGUGCAAGCCGAACUUGCCAAGCUUCAGCUCCCGAAAGGCAGCCAUGUGGUUGUCGAUCCCUGGAUAUAUGGUGCUGAUGGAGUGGACGACGAUGAGCGCAUGUGGCAAUGCUUCCUCUACAUGCGUGACCCCCAGAACUCUGGCGAGGUAGACUCAUGCCACUACGCCUUCCCUUUGACCGUCUCGCCAGUCAUUUCUUCCGUCAGCAUGAAGGUCAUCAGAAUUGAUAUUAUGCCCACCGGCAAGGACAAUUCCGUCAAGGAGCCGAAGAUUUACAAGCCAGUGGGCGCAAACGAGUAUCUUCCAGAGUAUCAGAAGCUCCGAACAGACCUUAAGCCUCUCCAUGUCGUGCAGCCUGAGGGUGCAAGCUUUACUGUCGAAGAGCAGGGAACGAGCAAUUUCAUUCAGUGGCAAAAGUGGCAAUUCCGUGUGGGUUUCAACCUUCGCGAGGGCAUGGUGAUCCACGAUGUGCGCUACGAAGGACGCAACCUCUUCUAUCGCCUCUCGCUCUCCGACAUGAACAUUCCCUAUGCGGAUCCGAGAAACCCAUUCCACCGAAAGUCCGCAUUCGAUCUCGGCGAUGCUGGUGCUGGGAUCAUGGCCAACGAUCUCAAGCUGGGAUGCGAUUGUCUUGGUAGCAUCCAUUAUCUUUCGUCCACGCUCAAUAACGACAAGGGUGAGCCAUUGGAUAUGCCAAAUGUCAUCUGCAUUCACGAGCAAGACGGCGGUAUUGGCUGGAAGCAUACCAACUACCGCACCGGUCGAGCAGCUGUCGUUCGCAACCGCGAGCUCGUGCUCCAAUCGAUCAUCACCGUCGCCAACUACGAGUACAUCAUGGCAUUCAUGUUCAAUCAAGCCGGCGAGCUCGCUUAUGAGGUCCGCGCGACCGGAAUUCUUUCCACACAGCCCAUCGACGAAGGCCUCGAGGUUCCCUGGGGCACCGUCGUGCAUCCCGGAGUCCUAGCCGCUCACCAUCAGCACAUUUUCUCCUUGCGCGUCGAUCCCAUGAUUGACGGCUACCACAACCGUCUCGUCUACGACGAAGCCUUACCCAUGCCACGCAGCGCCGACUUCAACCCUCACGGCACAGGCUACUUUGCCCAAGAAACCGUCGUAGAAACCAGCGGAGGCUACGACAUCGACUAUGCCGUCAAUCGCACUUUCAAAAUCCAAAACGUCCACAAACGCAACCCCGUCAAUGGCAAACCCGUCGCGUACAAAAUCCACGCGCCCCCGUUCCAGAAAAUUUUGGCCGAUGAAGACUCCUUCAAUCACAUGCGUGCCGAAUUUAGUGAUCAUAACAUUUACGCCGUCUCUUACCGUGACGACGAAUUGUACGCCGGAGGAAAGUAUACCAAUCAAAGCCGCGGCGGCACAGGCGUGCGAGCGUGGGCGAAUAGGAAAGAUCCUAUUGUCGAUGAGGAUUUGGUCGUAUUUGUCCAGUUUGGAAUCAAUCAUAUUCCCCGCAUCGAAGAUUUCCCCGUCAUGCCCUGCGAAGUCAUCAAAGUGGCUCUCAAACCCGUGAAUUUCUUUGAGAAAAACCCUGCAUUGGAUGUUCCGCCGAGUACGCAGGAUUUUAAUCAGAGUGUGCUUUUGGGUAACGAGGAAAAAGCCGGAGUCGAUGCGUGUUGCAUUUCUUCUGGUAGUGGAAAGAGUACUACUGCUACUACUGCUACUACUAGUAAGCUUUGAAUACUGUAUGAAUGAGGAGGAAGAGGGUGUCCAUCUAUGGAGUGAAGACGAUUGGAUGGAUAUGGAAUCACAAUCGAAAAUAUGACGGCAACAAACGACGACGACAACAAGUGGGUGGGUGGCAAUUGAGGUAAUACAUGUAUGGAAAAAAGGAGAGGUAUAGAAUGUAUUCAACAAGACCAAAAAAUGGGAC